GUGCACCGAUGUUUUACCGCGACAUUUUCGCGCGGAAAGCCGGGCGUUAUUGAGCCGUGGAAAGCUGAAAAUAAGAUAUUUGAUUUAAAAUAAUAGUUUUAUUGCAGUAUCUAUGUAAAUCUAUAAAGUUCAGUGAUUAAUAAGCCCAAAUAAAGUGUAAUUGUGUCCAAAGUUGAAAUCUUAUAUAUGGUGUUGGAAGAAAUUCUGUUACACUGAAUUUGGAUUAAUUUGUGAAUGACCAGAUUGUGGAGUCUGUGACACCUGACUUGUUCCCCUCAAUAUGGCACAAACAGGAUCCUCCUGUGAAGCCAACGAGAAGAGGAUAUGCUUGAAGAGGAAAAGAAAUUCAACAGAUGAUGAGGUAGAGAACAUGCCACCUAUAAAAAUAACAUCAAAGUUAGAGGAAGAUGUAUGUGAACUCCCACCACACACAGUUGUUGAGUCAUCUUCGUGUUCGAGUGAUGAUGAAGGCCCAGAGCAGCCGAGGAGUGUGUUCACAGACUUAGAUUAUAGUGCAGAUAGUUUCUUAAGCCCACCGAGUAUACCUGAGCUACCCAAUUGCGUCCUGAGUCCUCUUGAGAAUGUUGCCAGAGGAGAAUGCACCCCACACUCCAAUAAAAGACCUAGCACAAGCAAGGUAUAUCCUACUCCACCGAAGCGCAAAUGUCCCCUGCCUGGGCUGUCCUGGGCGGAUCCCAGUGAUGUGUGGAAGAGCAUGUGUGAGGUGGACGCCAGGUCCACUAUGAUGAAGAAUCCCAACAUGUUUGACAACCACCCCAACCUCCAGCCUAGGAUGAGAGCCAUCUUGUUGGACUGGUUGAAUGAGGUGUGUGAAGUAUACAAGCUCCACCGAGAGACCUUCCAUCUGACCGUGGACUACGUGGACCGCUACCUCUCCAACACUGAGGACGUGCAGAAAGGAAGACUACAACUCAUAGGUAUAACCUGCUUAUUCAUAGCCGCGAAGGUCGAGGAAGUGUAUCCGCCGAAGAUAGGCGAGUUCGCUUACGUGACGGACGGCGCGUGCACUACGGACGAGAUCCUGCUGGAGGAGCUGCUCAUACUGAAGAUACUGUCCUGGAGCAUCACGCCCAUCACCAUCAACAGCUGGCUGAACAUAUACAUGCAACUGGCCAGCGAAGGCCGCAGCGCCAAGAGGAGGCUGCUCAGUGAGAGCGAUCUGGGGAUCAAUGCGUUACGGGGCUACACGUUUGUGUUCCCACAAUACUCGUCGUUGGAGUCUGUGGCGUGCGGACAGCUGGUAGACCUGGCGGUGCUGCACGCUGACGUCACGAGAUACGCCUCUAGCGCUGUAGCCGCGGCCGCCGUGGCGCACGCCUUCAAUGUAGACCUGGCUUUAAGGGUAUCAGGUUACAGCUGGUCGUCAUUAGAGCCUUGCUACACGUGGCUGGCUCCGUUCGUGUCCGCCGUGCGCGAGGCGGGCGGCGUGGUGGGUGUGCGCGGCGGGGACGGCGACCACGUGCAGCGAGCCGCGGGACUGAGGCUCAUCUGUCCCGACCUCAACCUGGACGAGAGUCACCGCAUACAGACACACAACGUCUCACUCGACAUGUUUGACAAAGUAUACCAACAGCUGGCGGAGCAGCCGGAGACAUCGGCGGGGUCCGAGUUGCACGCCUUCCCGCCCACUCCGCCCCACUCCGACCACAAGAGUCCCCACACGCCCGCCGCCAAGACCCCCUCCACGCGGACCUGCGAGUGAACCCAUGGGGAAAUAUAUGUACAUAUAUCGACUGCUGCUGUACAAUAACUUAGCUAAAUUUAAAUAUUCAAACUAGGAAGGAUAGACAUGAUAUCCGCUUACUGCCAAAUAGGGUUGUGUUUAUACACAUUUUAAUUUAUAUUGAACAUAUGUAAUGUACAUAACGGACACGUUUUAGAUAAUAUUCAUUGAUUUUUGUAAUAGUUUUUCUAUAUAUUUUUUAAUUCAAUGCUUAUUGCAGAUAUUUUUUCCAGAUUUCUAUCUAUCAUUUCUCGCAAACUGAUCGUUUUUGAUUCAUAUUUUUACAGAUAAUUCAAAAAUACGCCUCACCCACUGACACGUGCUUUUCUAAUAACUCGUGUUUUGCUUAUUAACAUAUAACAAUACUAGUUUUGAUUUUGCAUGUUCACUCACACACCGAUCUCAGGAUAUUUUUGAAUUAUCUUCGUUCAGAAAUUAUUUCACGUAUUUUAGUUUGAUUCUGUGGAAGUGUUUGUUUAUUUUGUAUAUUUGAUUCGGAUGCUAGGCCGCUGAGCCCCGUACGGGUGUAAUGAGUAAUGGUACAAUUUUUAAUGCCGUAAUUUAAAUCCGUGACAUGUAUUAUAAAUGUAAUGUAAAUAAUUAUUAUUAUUGUUGUUGUGUGAUGCCAACAUGAAGCUUGCGUGUUAGUUUAAAUUUCGAACGGUUCCGUAAAUCCAAAUAUAUAUAUUUUUUAAUUAAUAUUAACUUCGGUGACAAAGGAAGAAUCGAUACUGCCAACUUCAAAGCUACAACUAUCAUCUCGUAUAUCAUUAUACUAACGUUCUGUUAUAGAUAGAAAACAUUCCAGCAUUUAUUAUUGUAAUACAAAUAUUUAUAUAUAAAUUAAUAUUAAUAUUUUUGUUUAACAUCGAUCUAUGCGUUAAUCAUUUAGGAAAAAUAAAAUCGUCACCGUUUUAUAGAAACUCUAAAUGAUAAUUUAAUUUUUAAGUAAAAUAAUAAAACUUUCAAUUUAAAAUAAAUAAAUAAUAAUAAUAAAAAAAAUAUAUAAAAUCAAAAAAAUUCGUAUAGUUUAAAAAAAUCAAUUAUUAAAAAAAGUAUGAGUUAUAACACAGAGUAAUAUAUAUGUCCGGCGAAUGAUCUGUAACGGGGGAGUGUAAAUAAGAAUAAAAUUGUUAUUUAAUGUAAGAUAAAGACAGACUGAAGCGAGCGCCCGCGCCGGCCCCCGGACAACCAUUGGCCAAAGACUUGUGCUCGCGAGCUUCGCGGCGGACUCCUUGAUAGACUACUCUGCUACGCCGGGGCUCGGGGUGUGUGGCGUCAAACUAAGGACUUUUAUAUUUGACUCGAUAUCCGCGCGAUUACUUGAAAGUUAUCACUAUUCUCGACCGCUGUUAGUUUUAUGACGGAGACGCCUCGGAUCCCUGUCCCGGCCUCGUGACAGGUCUAUUCACAUUCGUCAGUCUGCGCACGAGCGACGGCGGACGUCGCUGAUGCUGGACCGCACCGUGUGUCGUGUGUGCUGUGGACAUUUGUGGCGCGAGUGCGUCCGACGCGGCCUGUCGGGACACCUCUAGUAUUAAGUCGAACGAUUACGCUUAUAACCCAAGGCGGCUCGCCUUAUAAAUAAGACUUAGUUACAUCGGAAUAAUUUAACUAUUCUUUCAUUAUACUUGUACUGUAGACGUAAGCUAUUUUUAUAUCAAUUUAUCGUAAGUGUAUGGUACAUGUAACGUGUAUUGUUGUAGUGCGUGUGAUCUCAUAUUGUUAGCGGAGGCCGUGCCACGUUGUCGACACUUGUGCAAUAAAUAUGCAUUGAAAUUUAUCACAUUUUAUGUACUUGAUGUCAUGGCGAGUAUUAAAUAAAUGGUGUUGAUGA